AUGGCUCGCUGCGUGGAAGUCCAUGCUGGCGGCAAGUUCUUGAAAGACACUGAAGUCCGGCCUCAGUGGUCGUCAUCUCAUCAUGGCAAUUGUCCAUUCCAGCCUGCAAGAAGAUCGGACUUCUUUUUCCUUUUCCAUCAAGCGAAGGGUUCCCGUCGUCGCGAUGCCGCCCCUUCCCGUGCUUUGUCAAAUACGUGGGCCCUUGCAAAGCAGUUCCUGUCGGCAGCACGUGAAUCUUGUGAAGCCGGCUGGACAACACCUUUUCAGCCUGAUGCACUGCUGAUUGUCUCCCAGGGGUCAAUACGUCUGUACAUCAUCAUCGCGCUCGCGCUACACGACCACGCUUUCGACGCGCCGAGCUUGACAGACGCCUCGCGAGUGCUUGGCACGAACAUCUCGGGGUCCAGGGAGUGCAUGCCUCUGCGGUGGAAGCAGUCCAUGCUCAAAAUCCCCGUUUUCCGCCGCUUCGGCCGCAACGGAGUCCUCUCCGACACCGAGGCCAUGCUCUAUGCCAAGCUUAGAGAUGACCUGGGCCGACAGAGCCUAGAGGCGGGAUUCGAGGUUUGCUGGACACCGAAGUUCUUCCGCAGAGGAGCCGCGAACGCUGCGAACGGGAACGCUCCGGACGUCGUCCGAGACCAGAUGAUGCGCCACGAUCCCAAGUUCUCCACUUUUCACGGCGCCUACCUCAACGAAAGGGUCAAGUUCGAUUUGCAGAACACCUUCCUCGAAGAAGAGACGGAAAAUCAGCUGUACAAACUGUUCGCGCACGUCAGCAUCACCCGCGACCCUCGGGCGAAACGUAACAUGGUGCCAGCCGAGGUGUGGGCGAACCUGCUCCCAGACCCUGAAAUCGCCGAAUUGGAAGAGCAACGAGCAGCGUUCAAGCGGGGACAGUAUCGUAUUCACGGCCGGGAGAACGAGAAAGCGGUUCGCGUGCUUACCGAGGAGAUUAAGCGCAAGCGGGCGCAACGCGAGGAUAGGGUUGUGAGACAAUAUCGCGAGUAUUACUUCUACCACCGGCCGACCUGGGACAUUGAGAGGCAAGCACUGGGCGAGGUGGAGGAGGAGUAUGAAGAGCCCAAGGUGGAGCUUGACAUUAUCGAACGCGCACGGCUUGCCGAAAUCUGGUGUGACCAGCCUAACAACUGGUCUGACGACGAGAUCUUGCGCCACCGUAUUGAAGCCAUCGAUCUGAUGGUGUCUCUUUGCAACAAGCGAGAAACCCGUCGGCGCGACCACAUCCGACAGCGAAAGCAAAUCGAACCCCCCAUCAAGCAAAAGUCGCCAGAUCUUUCGCCCGAACCCGAUUCGUUCCCGCUCCUAAUGGAUCCGAACCAGUGCCCCGACUGCAUCGGCGACGGCCGGCUUUCGACGGAGGAACGGACAUUCACCUUCUCCCGUCCGACUAUCCGAAACGACCACUUCGAUGACCAGCACCUUGAAGCACGCGAAUUUGCCCAGCGCCGCGGCGAUCCCAUCCGCUGCGAGCAUCCCAAGUGUGUAGACGUAAAACUGGAGACAUUGGAUCACUUCCGGAACCAUGUCAUGACUGUUCACAAGGUCGCACUUCGACCGGCGGACCAGGCGGAGACUCGACGACGCAAGAAAACCAAGCAUCGCAAAAUGGCUCGGGGGCAGGGACAAGGGAGGUAAAGCAGCUCCGCGGGCCAGCAUUACCAGCCUGUCUUUUCCCGCUGUGGCCCUGAAUUCCAUAUUGCACACGGCACACCCCACGCUAGGUAUUUUUUUUUUCUUUUUUUCAAAUAAUAGUUCGCUAUCCGCUGCGCGGUGUUACGAUUACGAUGCAGGUGUACCUGUUCCGGGUAAGGUGUUUUGGGUCGGAAGUAGUAGACCGAGUGACUCUGGGGUUCUAAAGAAUAAAGCUCGAUAGAUGCAGUCGGCUAGUGGGCCGACUAGAGUGCAAAAUGAGAUUGACUUACGGCGACCCUCAGACAAACGUUCUGCCUACAUGGUAAAAAGCACCCGCAUAUAUAUCCAGUGGUCUUAGCUUGAUCGCACUGAUCGCUCAUUCCAGCCGUGGCCGGGUCCGCCCAAUAGCCUGCUCCCAAAAUGUAAUGCGACGCUGGAUCGAGCCACAGGUACAGCCAGA